AUGUCUCCAAGGACUUCACCAGUCCCCUCAUCUGGGAUGGCAACACAAAGCCCGUGGUUUCUGCGUUUCCCCCCUGAAUUGAGUUCAUCCAUUGUUUCCUUUCUGCCAAACAGAGAUGUCAAGUCCUUGCGCUUGACGUGUAAAGCCCUCAGCGACAUUUCACCAUGCUCCUCCGCACGUGUGUUUCUUUCGGCCAACUCGUUGAACAUCGAAGUUUUUCGGGCGGUAGCAGACCAUCCAAAAUUUCGCCACGAAAUCAGGGAGAUCAUCUGA